GAAUAUAUGUUGUAUAUGGCUUUGGGUGGUGGUUUGUUAGGUUGAAGAAGAAGUUAUAGAAAAGAGAAAUGAAAAGCCAGAGUGGGUAGAAGCAUUUCUGCAAAGAACAUUCUUUGAUGGAUGUACACUUCACCCAAUUCGAAGGAACGAAAAGAACAGAUACUGUAUCAACUGUGACUCAUCUGCUUGCCAAUAUUGCUUGUCUUCCACCACUCAUCGCCAUCACAAGAUUCUUAAAAUAUAUCGGCAUGUCUACAAGGAUGUUGUCUCACUAGUUGCCAUGGAGAAGUACAUUGAUUGUGCUGACAUUCAGCCAUAUAAGUGCAAUAAACGGCUGGUAAUAGCAUUGAAUCCUCUCCCCCAUUGUGGUCCGAUAUUGAACACUGAGACAUCAUGUGACAUCUGCAAGAGAAGGUUAGCUGAACCAGAUCUUUAUCGUUAUUGCUCUAUUUCUUGCAAGGUCAUAGCAUUUGAGAGGAAAUCAAGCGAUUUAGCUCCCCCUUUUCUUUCGAUCAUGUCCCCUAAGAAAGCUUUGAAAGUUGAGCAACUAAAGCACAAAAGAAAAGGAAAACCUCAAAGGGCUCCCUUCUUUUAAUGUCCGAAAUAUUCUUAACACCCAACAAUUGAUUUUCUUCAUAUAUAUUGUUUUGUUUUGGACAAUCCCCCUCAAGUUGAGGGGGUGAAAAAUAUCUUUCAUUUCCAACUUGGAACUAGAUACUUAUGCUGUUGCACACUUAGGCUCUUUGUCAUUAUGUCUGCAGUCUAUUCUUUAGUUGAAACAUGUUGGGUCUUGAUCAGUCCUUGGAUUUUCUCCCUAACAAAAUGACAGUCGAUUUCUAUGUGCUUAGUUAUCUCAUGAUAGACAGGAUUUGCUGCUAUUUGUAAAGCUGCCUGAUUAUCACAAUGUAAUUUUACAGCUUUUUCAACUUUAAUUCAUCCAAAUUACUUCAGCUACUGCCACUGCCAUGCUUCUAUACUCUGUCUCAGCUGAAGACCUGGAAACAAUGGCUUGUUUCUUUGAUUUCCAAGAAAUAAGUGACUUCCCAACUUGAUACAGAAACUAGAAGUUUACCUUCUUGCCAUAGGACAUGCAGCCCAGUCUGAAUCACAAUAAGCCUCCAUAUGUAAAAUGCCUUUUGCAGACAAUAAAAUCCUUGUCCUAGAUUUUUCUUGACAUAUUUAACUAUUCUAAGUGCUGGUUCAUAGUGAGAUUUCUUUGGCUGUUGCAUGAACUGACUAAGAUAUUGCACUGAGU